AUUAAAACUAAAAAAAAAUUUAGUAGACAUUUAUGUUAAUAAAUAAUAUGAUUGUUAGUAUGUAAUUUUAGUGACCAUUGAUGAUUGUUGUCUGACAAGUGAAGGGCAAAUACAGUACGUGAUAAAAAAUAAUAAAAAAAAUAAUAAUGUUUCCGGAGUUGUAAGAAAUAAAACCUGACUCGGCAUCAUCAGUAAAUAAGAUACAAAACUGGACAAAGACUUGAUGAUACCCAAAGAGAGACUAAGAGGGGAACCUUAAAAAAAACAUUGAAAGUAAACGAGACUACAAGUCAGUAAUACGACAAAAUUAUCAUCCAGUUUCUACUAUCCUCUCACAUAAUACACACGUAAUAAUUUAUCAAAAACAAAAAAAAAAAAUUACCAUCAUUCCAAAGAUUAAUCAAACAUAAUGCAAUAAGCAAAAUAUAAAAAUACCAAAUAUAAUUAAAUUAUUCAAUACAACAACAUCUGUAUAUCCAAGUUUGUUGGAAAAAAAAAAAAAGAAAACCUUCACGUUAAUUUAAAGUAAUUAAAUUCCAUGAAAUCAUAUUGUACACAUGUUGGAUCGUUUAAUGUGACGUUAUAAAUUUGCUGGCUAUCAACAGUGACACAGAUGCUGUGAAUAAUCAACUGGUACAAUUGACGUGAACAAAAAACGAGAUAAAAAAAUUAAACAAAAAGAAAAACAACACAUGAGGAUAUUUGUUUUUGUUAAUUUACUGUGAGUUUAGUGUGAUACUGAUGAUAAAGUGAGUCAUUUUAAAAAGCUAAAGUGAGUGGUGAGAUAAGCAAGAAUCGAAGCUGCUAGACGUUAUGACCGGUUGAUGUUGGGUCAGUUUUAUGAAGACAGAGUAAUCAACAAGACGUGUUUUAAUAUUUAUUCUCUCUUACCUUUGUAUGUGAUAUUUUUUUUUUUAACUUAAAAUUAAUAUACAAGUACGGAAUUAUUACAAGAAUAGUCUAAGACUUUGUCACGCGAGUUCAGGGUCAUUCACCGAGACUGUAAGGUAUUGCUGAAUUGUAAUAUUUUUUUUUACGACAAAUUAUUAAGCAAAGAAUUUUUAACGCAAAGUAAACACUGGCUACGUGUUGAUUUACGCGUCUGUGAAUGGCUUCAGAAUGUUCAAGAUGGCCAAUGGGCCUAAUUAUUUUGUUGAUUGGAAUAUUUACACUUCCGGGGAUCAUGGCAUCGUACAGUAUUGGUGUUGGAAUUGCAGAUACAACUGGUCCUAUUGCUGAAAUUGUUUUUAUGGGCUAUGCAAAAAUGGAACAAAAAGGUGCUGGUCUUCAUUUACGUACUUUUACAAGAUCUUUUAUAAUUGACGAUGGUGAACAAAGAUUUGUUUUUGUCAGCACUGAAAGUGCAAUGAUUGGUCAUGAUAUAAAAGCAGCAGUAAUUAAAAAACUUCAAAAACGUUUUGGUAAUUUAUAUACUGAAAAAAAUGUCAUGAUAAGUGCAACACAUACCCAUUCAAGUCCUGGUGGUUUUAAUCUUUAUUUAUUAUUUGAUCUCUCGACAUUUGGAUUUAUUGAGCAAAGUUUUACUGCACUGAUUAAUGGAAUAACAACGAGUAUUAUACGUGCUCAUGAUUCAGUGGUGCCAGGACAAAUAUUUCUAGAUCAUGGUGAAGUUUUUGAUGCCAGUAUAAACAGAAGUCCAUUGGCAUACAUGAACAAUCCAAAAAAUGAACGAGAAAAAUACAAAUAUGACACUGAUAAAACAAUGACCCAGCUUAAAUUUAUCGCUGCAGAUGGUCGUCCAAUGGGUGUUAUCAAUUGGUUUGCAGUACAUCCAACCAGUAUGAAUAAUACAAAUCGACUUGUAUCAAGUGAUAAUGUUGGAUAUGCUUCAAUUUUAUUUGAAAAAAAAAUGAAUAAAGGUUCUAUGGUUGGAAAGGGUGAAUUUGUUGCUGCUUUUGCAUCAAGUAAUUUAGGUGAUGUAUCACCAAAUACACAAGGACCAAAAUGUGAAUUUACUGGUGAAAAUUGUAGUGCUGAUUAUACAUGUCCAGGAAAAAAAGAAAUGUGUUUUGCAUCUGGACCAGGAAAAGAUAUUUAUGAUAGUACAAAAAUUAUUGGAAAAAAAUUAUACGAAGAAUCAAUGAAAAUAUGGAAUCGUGAUUCAUCAAAAGAAAUAAAAGGUCCAAUUGAAGUUGUACAUCGUUAUGUUAAAAUGCCAGGACAAAAAGCUGAAUUUUAUAAUGAAACAAGUAAAGAAACAAUUGAAGUUGAAACAUGUCAACCAGCAAUGGGUUAUAGUUUUGCUGCUGGUACAACUGAUGGACCAGGUUCAUUUUCAUUUUCUCAAGGUACAACAACAACAAAUCCAGUAUGGGAUGCUGUGAGAAAUUUUGUUGCUGCACCUACACCAGAGGACAUUAAGUGUCACGGUGCUAAACCAAUUCUUCUUGCAACUGGAAGGAUGCGUCGACCAUAUCAAUGGCAGCCAAAAGUUGUAUCAACUCAUCUUGCAAUUAUUGGUGACUUUGUACUUGUUGGUGUACCUGGUGAAUUUACAACAAUGUCGGGAAGAAGAAUGAGAGAAAAAGUUGCAUCAACCAUUGAAGAGGUUACUAAAGUUCAACCAACAGUUGUCAUUGCUGGACUUUGUAAUACUUACACUGACUACAUUGCCACUCCUGAAGAAUAUGAAAUACAAAGAUAUGAAGGCGCCUCAACAAUUUAUGGACCACAUACAUUAACUGUUUAUCUCAAACAAUAUCAAGAAUUGGCACUGGCUGCAAUUCAAAAAAAAGUUAUUAAUCCUGGAAGUCCACCACCUAAUAUGUACAUUGAGUCAUUAAUAAGUCUUCAAACACCAGUACUUUAUGACACAUCAAAAUGGGGAUAUGACUUUGGAUAUUGUCUGUCUCAACCACCAAAAAUUGUCAAACCAGGAGAUACUGUUACAGUCUCAUUUGUUGCUGGUCAUCCAAGAAACAACCUGAUGACUGGCUCAACAUUUUUAACUGUUGAACGACUCAUUGAUAGAGAUAUAUGGGUCAAAGUUGCAACUGAUGCAGACUGGGAAACGAGAUUCCAUUGGGAAAGAAAAAAUUCCAUCCUCGGAACUAGUCAAGCUGAUAUCAUCUGGGAAAUACCACUUGAUGUAAAACCAGGAAAAUAUCGUAUUCGACAUCAAGGACAUUAUCGUUAUAUACUUGGUGGUAUAUUUCCAUAUCGAGGUCUCACCAAUGUUUUUGAGGUCAAAGAAAAGUAAAGUUUUUCUUGUUGAAAUUAAAAAUGCAUCUUUAUAUAUUUAUAAUAUGAUAUUGGGUUUAUCAUAAUUUUUUCCCAAAUCAAUAUUAAUGUGAUUAAUUAAGUUUUUUUAUUUUUAAAUUCAUAUGGUGUCACAGGAAAUUGUCAUAAUACGUAUACGUCUUAUAAAAAAAAAAAAUUUCAUAAUUCAAUUUAAAAAUAUUUCAUCAUUUAUUUUUUAACAUUAUAAUAUUUAAAUAGUAUUUCGCAAUUUUUUAUAAAUAAUCAUCUAUGAUAUUUAUCAUUAAGAUUUAUUGUUAAAUAAAAACCAGUGCCAUAGAUUGAAGAAAAUUAAAAAAGUAAUUAUUCACAUGAAUCAUUACUUAUUUACAAUUUAUUUGUUUUUUUUUUUUUCUUUGUAUGAAAAUAUUAAAAAAAUAUCAAAUAAAGUCUUUUUAUAUAUAUAAUUUCAUAUUUAUUUUAUUAUCAGCAAAUUAUAUAUGAACUGAGCAUAAAAAAUGUCAAUAACCAUUAAUUUUAUAUUCACAUGAUUUCACUAUGAUUAAAAUUAUCCUACUAGAAGAUACAACUUUUAUGUAUUCCCAUAAGUUUCGAAAUUCUAUAUCGUAUACUAUUUUUAUUUUUUUUAUUUUUAAUUUUCAUUAGUUCAUCUUUGUCAGUGUGAAAAUGCGAAAAAUAUGUUAACCGUCAAUUUUAAUUAUCGAUCAAUUACUCAUUGAAAACUAAAACAAAAAAAAACAAAAUAAAAAAAAUUUUUAAUAAAAUAAAUACACUUAUAUAAUUAAUCAAUUUUUUUAUUUGUAUUUUAAAAAUUAUCAAUCAAGUUUCAAUAGAAAUAAAACACGCAAAUCAUUAAUAAUAUUUUGAACUAUUUAUAGAAAUUAAAAAAAAAAAUAAAAAACAUUUGAUGGAAUUUUUUGCAAGUAAUACAUAAAUAUAAAAAAGUAUAAAUAACAAAUAAUUUACGGUAAAUACAUUGGACAUUGUUGCAAUAUAAAAAUUAAAAUUUAUUUAUAUUUCGUUUUUUGUUUUACUGAUUUAGAUUUUAGUGUGUUAAAAUCGUGCAGGGUCAAAAGUACAAAAAGCAACGAAGAAUUGAAACCAAGUUUCAAGUACAAUGAACUUAAAUAAAAAAAAAAAAAAUAAUAAUAAUAGUUAAAAGUU